AUGGUCACUGCUUCCACCACCUCUUCCUUCCACGAGGCAACGUACGUUGCUCAAUUCUCCCGGGGCCUACAUGUCGAGUAUGCAGGUAAAGGAAUCCAUGUGCAAUGCCAGGCGCCGUUCUUCGUGGCGACGAGGAUGGUGGAAAACCUGGUGGAGGCGAGGCGCCUCUCGCCGUUCACGGCGACCCCGGGCGCCUACGCGCGCGCGGCGGUGGGGUGGAUCGGCCGCGGCGGACCGCUCUGCACGCCGAGCGUCCGGCACCAGCUGCUGUGGUGCGCCGCCGCCGCCGCCGCGCCGGACUUCGUUCUCGACUGGAUCCUCCUGCGCAGCCACCUGGAGCAGAGGACGUUGCUUUCGGCGGAUCAGAGCAUCGAGGGCGCCAUCUCCGUCUUCGCAGCACAGAGUUGA